GUUGCCGUUGGAAAUGUGAUCACCACCAUUGUUGUGUUUCUUCUUGUAGGUAACAAGUCGAUGACAUCGUCGAUGGCAACUCUAGCAACCAUGGAGGAGAUUAUUUUUGGUAAAAGAAGAUUCCUACAUCGGUGCAACCAUGGAGCUAGCUCGUGCCUCUCUCUUUUGCUUGGAAUUAGUGUUUUUGAGGUGAAGAUUUUGGGGGUCUGAGAAGAAGGGAAGGGUGAUAGAAAAAAAGGAGACGAGGGACGAGGUGGGGGCGGUCACCUAAGCGCGCUAAUAGGCACAACCUAAUGGUGGUGGCGGCUUUGGUGGAAGGAAAAAGUGCAGGUUGGUGGCAGAUUCAACGAGAAGGAAGGGGGUUGAAAGAUAGAGGUGAUGACUAACUAACUUACUAUAGCAUGUAAGAUUUUAGUUUCCUAAGGUAUCCCACUAGCCAGCCAUAGUCGUGUCGUGAGACUAAUCUCCUCGACGUUUAGAGAUUACAUUAAGUUGAUGGACUUUUUUCAGCAAAUUUUUCUCUAUACACAACGCCUAAAUAUCGAACCCUAGACUAAAUGCAUCAUGAAAUUGAUGCUUCAGAAUUACACCCAAUUUUACGUUUUUUUAAAAAGCACACCUAUUUUUAGUUGUUUAAUUUAGGUGAAUCUAUAGAAUUUUUUAUCUUCUAUUUUUUUCUCCACACUUUAAUAGCUUAAUAUAGUGUUGGUGGGCUAAAAAAUUUCUAAUUUUGCAAGUUACAAUAUUGGUGGGCCAUAAAGUUAGUAUUGACUAGGUAGGUUACAAGUUAAAGCCUAGAAAGAAUCCCAAAUAUUAAUUUGUUUGGUAGGUACGAAACAAGACAAAUUUUGGUACAAGUAGUCGUUUGAGAAUUCUCACCACUCUUCCCUUUCACCGUCUUCCAUACACGAUGAGGUCACACUCACAGCUGCACCUCACCGCUUUCGUGACGGUUCUUGUGACUGCUUGGUUUGCAUGCAACCGCAGCUUUGAAUCAUCCGAUAAUGACUCAGCAGCAUCCUUCGGGGCUACCGAGGUUUGGCAAUACGAAGCUGUUCCGAUUGAAAGCGGCGCCGUCGGACCAGAGAGCUUCGCCUUCGGUCCCGGCGGUGAAGGCCCUUACACCGGCGUUUCUGACGGCCAAAUCAUCAAGUGGCACCAUCCCCAGAAACGGUGGCUUAGCUUCGCUGUCACUUCUUCAAACAGAGAUGACAAGUGUGGGGGACCAUAUGAAGAGCAUCCCAAGAGAGAACACAUCUGUGGCCGUCCACUUGGACUGUGCUUCAACAUGCAAUCUGGCGAGCUUUACGUUGCUGAUGCUUACAUGGGCCUUGUUGUUGUUGAGCCCAAUGGGGGCACUGCUACAAAAAUUACAUCACAUGUAGAUGGUGAGCCCUUGGCAUUCACAAACAGUUUGGAUAUUGAUCAACGAACUGGAGUUGUUUACUUCACCAGCAGCAGUUCAAAAUAUGAAAGGAGGAACUACGUGUCUCUGAUCCUAAGCGGAGAGAAAACAGGGAAGUUAAUGAAAUAUGAACCACAAAGCCAACAAGUUAGUGUUCUUCUAAGCAAUCUCACAUUUGCAAAUGGGGUAGCACUCAGCAAAGAUGGUGACUACAUUCUAAUAGUAGAAACCACCAACUGCAGAGUACUUAAGUAUUGGCUUGAAACACCAAAAGCAGGAACAUUAGAAGUCUUUGCUGAUCUACCAGGUUUCCCAGACAACAUAAAAAGAAGUCUAAGAGGGGGAUUUUGGGUGGGAAUUUACUCAAGAAGGGAAAAACUUAUACAAUGGAUUCUAUCUUAUCCAUGGGUUGGGAAAGCUCUGCUAUGGCUUCCUUUGGACAUCACAAAAGCUUAUUCUUAUUUGGCUAAGGUGAAAGGGAGUACUGGAUUGGCAAUUAGGCUCAGUGAGCAGGGUGAUGUUUUGGAAAUUUUUGAAGAUAGAAGUAGGAAUAGAGGGAGGUCUAUUAGUGAAGUGGAGGAAAGAGAUGGAGUGUUGUGGGUGGGAUCCAUAAAUGGGCCCUUUGCUGCUAAGUAUAAAACUGUUGCAAGUGUUGUGGAUCACGAUCCUCUUGGGUGAAAAUUUUCUCAUGUUUGCU